UAAUGACAUGGUGACAACGUCAUUCACAUAAGGGAUGUUUUUGACGUUUAUAUAAUUUGUAUUGGUUUAUUUCAGGAGUUUUUCUUAACUUGAAAUGAAGUCCACGAAACUUGUUCAGAAACUUCGCACCAAUCAGCGCUCGGAUGUUUCUCCGAGGGGCUUGAUCCCUGCAGACCAGACCCUGAGCUCCCCAGAGAUUACCUUCGAUCGCGGCCGCUCCAAAGAGAUCACGAAGACACCUGGUGAAACAUUCUCGGCUUCUGAAUCUAAUUUGCCUACCAGGGAUAAUGAAGCCGGCCCAGGGAAUGUGAAAAUACCCAGGAUAUCCACGAAAGACCGUAACGCUGAUUCCUCAGGCGAUAUGCCGCAAGGUGCCAGUCCGAGGGAAGGAAGGUAUAGUAGAGUCUGCGCCCAGAAGGAUUCUGGAGCUGAUGUCCAGAAGGGUCCCUGGAAGCUGGACAAGGGCCGGUGCUGUGGGCGUCCUACUGGACCUAAGAAAUCCAGAUCAUGUUCUCCUCAAGCAUUGGACGGCGAAGACCCGCUCUCUCGUCAGAUACGCGAGAUACACCACGACACGCGCAAGAGCACCAGGAUCAUACGGGACUCCCGGGCGAGGCUGCUCGAGAUACAGAAGAAAACAACAAUGACGGAGGCAGACGUACGCGAGUUAGGUGAGCGGAACGAACUGCUGCUGCGAGAGAUGGACCGGUUCGACCGGUUGACAAGGAGCGUGCAGCGGCUGGUAGGAGCUGAAGUAGCUGGGCUAAGGAAGGCACGGGAGGAGCAGCCGGCACCCGGGAACGUUUAUGAACCACAUUUAUUCCAAGAGGUGAAGGCGAACCAUCCGACGGUGUUAUUCGCCGGUGGAAGGAACCUGGACGGGCCCAGCCUCGUCGUCUGCGACCCCCCCACCAGGAGCAAAUCUGAGGUCGACCUGAGCCGGAAGCUCAGCGAGAGUUACGACAUGCAGGAGAAACUAGUCGCUGAUAACGCUGACUUGGAAGUCAAGAGAUAUAUUUUGUAUAAGGAAUUGAUGACGAAAGACCAGAAUCUGGAGACGUGUCGCGCUCAGAUCAAGCGGCUCCAGGGAGAGCUGAAGCUCAUGAGCAAAGAGAAUGGUCUGCUGCACGAGAGACUCAAUAAGAAUCACCCGCAAGGUGAUGCAUCAACUAUAAAACAGGACCUCUCAUGCUCAUGUCAAGAAUCCGAAGAUUGCGCACAGAACUGCAAGACCUUGGACAGCAGCCACGCCCGUGAGCUCACAGAUAAACUUGACAAUUACAACAGUUCGAAAGCGGAACUUGAGAAGCAGCUAAGCAGUUUGGAAGAGGAAGUCCACCACAUACGCUCAGAGAUGGAGUCGGUGAAGGGACGCGGCGCGUGUCGCGGCGGCGGUGGACAGAACACCUGCUUCGAGCAACCGGCCGGCGGACCGCCUGUGCCUCCGAUGACCAGAGCCUGUGGCGUGUGUCCUCCGUGUCCAGCGCCAUGCAACCCCAACGCGCCACCAACUCCUGCGGAGAAAGAAGCACAAAAGUUGAGCAUUCAAUUGCGACAAACAGAAGAAAACUUCAAAACGAAAGUCACUGAGUGUGCAAUGCUCCGAGCGGAGCUUCUAAAGAAGAAAGAAGAGUGCGAAAAGGACAGAUGCCAGCUGCGCGAGACGCAGAAUAAGCUGCGAGAAUUGGAGAUGAAGUUCGAAGGGCUCGCGACGGUGACCAACAUGACGAUGGGCACCAAGGAGCAGGCCUUCGAGCAGGAGGUGAACAUGCGCGCGCUGAAGCAGUGCUACCGCGAAGCGAGGGAGGAGAUCGACGAGCUGCGGACCCUGAUGAAGGAGCAGAAUGAUCAGUUGCAGGAUUACAGAGUCAAGUACCUGCAAGCCCAGCAGUUGGUGGAGGAGCAGCGCCGGCAGAUGGACAUGAUGGACAUGGACAACACCCGGAUCAGCGAGCAGAUCAACCUCGAGAUACAGAGGGUUAAGCUGAAGUUCCAGGAGAAGCUGCAGGAGCUGGCGCCGAUCCCGGACCUGCUGAAGGCGACGCAGAUGCGGUUGAAGGACGCUCAGCAGGCGCAGGCCAUCGCCGAGCACAACGCCGAGCAGCUCGCCAGGGAACUCAACUGUGCGAGAGAGAAGGUUCACGUGCUGCUCCACAACAGCAUGAAGCCACCGGAGAAGCCGCCAGAACGCGGCGGCGAUGAGAAGCAGCUCGCGAUGUUGAACCAGCGCGUCGGCCAGCUCACCGACGCCAACAUGACGCUCAAGGGAGAGAUCGAACGGCUCAAGUCUAACGUGAUCCGCAUGGAGGAGAGCGUGCUGGCGAACGAGAAGCGGUUGCAGGAGAAGAUGCACGAGUGCGCGCAGAUCGGCGGCGAACUAGACAGAGCCCGCGACGAGGCCGCGAGAGCGCUGCAGCGAGCCAACGAACGCACGGACACCAUACGCAAAUGUCUGCAGACCACUAUAGCCGAGCUGGAGAGGCAGCUGGCGUCGUCGCGGGCACAGGUUAAAACUGCAGACAAGGAACGAGAAGAGCUGCAAUGUCGAAUGCAGUGCCAGAUCAAGCGUCUGAACGAGAACUUCGAGCAGGCGCAGCUGCGCAUCCUCGGACUGCAGACUCAAGUGCAGACGCUCAGGAGGACCGUGUCCAGCACCGGCGAGGGCGAGGGCGACGCCGACCAGCAAGAGUGCGCCUGCAAGAACUUCUUCGACAACCCUUGAUGCUUCUGCAAUUUUGAAGUUUAUCCUGCCUUUGUGAUGUUGGCAGAGCUACGUCUUCGAUAUUGUAUAGUAUCAUGCUCCUAAUGUUCGUUUCUAUCUAUAUUUCCUUAACUUAGGGGAAUUUGAUUCACUGCUUCUAUUUGGGUGCAUAACUUAUGAAUAAAUUUUAUGCUGCUAGUAUUGUAUGUAUUUUAAGUAUGAGGCAGGGGAUGGUUGGGCUGCCUUUAUCAGUCCGCCUUUCAGCGACUCCCGUGAUGAGGCCUAGAAAUUCAUUAUUGUUAUUUUAACUGAGGUCGUUAGAUACUGGAACUUGAUCCGGUAACGAAACUUGAGAUUAUAAUGCGUUGACAGUUCAAUGUUAAGCAAUGAAUGUUAUAAAAUUGAAAGUAAUGACAAAAAUAAAAUUUUAACGUA